UCGAGUCAUCGUGAGCGGCACACCCAAAGGAAUGACGUCAGGUGUAUACAGUGAAAAGCAUAAGUGCCAGUGGACGUAAUAUAGAAUCUGAAAAAAAAAAUUAAAAUAAAUUAUUAAAAAUGACAUCAAAAACAAUAAAAUUUAUAAUAUUAUGUGUAACAUUAUUGUGCAUGUUUUUUGGUUCGGAGUCGAUAAAAUGUUAUCAAUGUAGUUCAGAUACAGACCCAAAAGGUGCGGAUGUUUGUGGAGCAUAUAAUAAAUUUGAUAAAGAAACAAAUAUUGCCAUAGAAUGUAAUACAGAAGAAUCUCACAUGCCUGGAUCGUUUUGUGUUAAACAUGUACAACAAAGUCCACGUGGUUUUAUUUGGGACGGUAGAUGGAGACAAGUAAUUCGAAGAUGUGCCUCAGUGGCAGAAACUGGAGUUACAGGUGUUUGUAAUUGGGGAAUUUACGAAAAUGGAGUAUAUUGGGAAGAAUGUUAUUGUUCCGAAGAUUAUUGCAAUGGGGCCUCAAGCUUUAAAGGAAUUUCAUUUUUUUAUCUAUCCAUAAUGGCAAUAAUUCCCUUAAUUUUCUUUUGGCGGUAAAAUUUUUAAUUUUCAAGAAUUUUUCAAAAAUUCUUGUUUUUUAAUAAUAAUAUACAAAAUAUUUUUUAAAAAUCAUUUCACAACGAUUUUUAAAAUUAUUGAGUAUCGUACAUUACGUGACAGAAUUUAAAAAAAAAAAAAUUCAAUAAUGUAUGAUACUAAAAAAUAUACUCGAAAAAAAAUUUUUUUUAUUUAUCCAGAAUUCUGGUUAAUUCAAGAAAAGCGUUUUUUACUGUAAAAAAUGAAACAGCCUUCGAUUUAAUUAUAUUACUAAAUAAUAGAACAAAACCGUCCGUUUUUAAGCUUUUAAAUAAUAUUUGUGAUUAAUCGAAAGUACAGAAAGAUAAAUUUUUUAUACACACCUUCUUUAAACUAUAUUGAGAUUAUAAUGAAUUUUUUCAUAAAAAAAGAAUCUCAAGUAUAUUGUAAAUAGUGUGUAAGAAUUUUCUGUUAAUAACAGAGCUAUUAAUUUUAAGAAUUAUUAAAAGCAGUUCAUUACGCUUAGAUAAAAGAAAACGAACUCAUUCCGUCCAAUAAAAUUUCUAUUUAGUACAAAUAGUUUUAGAACAAAAAAAUAAGAUACAAAACUAAAUUUGAAAAAUAAAAGUGAGAAGGGAAAAUUUGUAUCUAAUUUAUGCUAGAAGACUAAAAGACUACAAUAAUUAAUUAUUGUGCAAAUGCAAUUGAAAAUAGAAAUUAUGUACAUACUCUAGUUUAUAGACUACGUGUAUUAUUAUAAAAUAUACAAAUGUAUAAUUUUA